UCCGCAGGUUUAUCUUUAGCGUUAGUUUCAUAUGACUAGUAACGCAUGCAAGAAAGGCACCUUUAAGGAAGAGACUGGAUCUGUCUGCAUGGAAUCAAACAAGCUAGACAUGGGCUCGAGAGAUUUAAUCAGCUGUCUCCCUCAAGAGGUUCUGGGAGAUAUCUUGUCCUUACUUCCGACCAAACUUGCUGCUUCAACUUCUCUCCUCUCGAAAACGUGGAGGUAUCUGUUUGCACUGGUUCACAGUCUUGAUUUCGAUGAUACUGUCUUGCUGCAACCGCCGCCAGAAGAAGGGAGGGAUAAACUCAAGGAGAGCUUCAGAAACUUUGUGGACAGAACACUCGCUUUGCAAUGCGGUUGCGGUUCUCGUAUCAAGAAAUUCUCUCUAACAUAUCUCGUUACCAACAACAGCGAUGUGGUUGAUGAGCGUCGCUGGAUAACCAGUGUCGUUGAGCGUGGUGUUUUGGAAGUGGACGUUACUUUGAGGCCUCGUUGGCUAGGCCCUGUACAUACUGAUGAGGUUCACGGGGACUGCUUUCUUCCUUAUCACCUCUUCAGGAGCAAGACACUGGUUAAGCUGUGUCUGGGAACAGAUACUAUUGUUGGAAAGCUUUCUCCUGAUGUGUCUCUUCCAGCGCUUAAGAGUCUCUUCCUUUAUACCAUCAUGUUUGACGACCAAGAUCUCUCUGAUGUGCUUCUUCCUGGUUGCCCAAUGCUUGAGGAGUUAACUGUUGUUCACAAGACUGAUUUUUAUCCUAAUUACAGGAUAUCGAGUCAGAGCAUCAAGAAGCUAACAGUUUUCUAUUGUUAUGAUUUUGGAAUUGAUGAUGGGUCUCGUAUAUCAUUUGACGCCCCAAGUGUUGUCUCUCUCAAAUACACUGACUAUGCCUUGUCUGAGUAUCAACUUGUUAACUUGGGAUCCUUAGGCAAAGCUAAGCUGGACAUUUCUUAUUCUAAAAAAAGUAUCAAGAGGCCGGAUAUAUCGGGUCUCCUUGUAGGGAUAAGCAACGUGGAGACUCUCCAUCUUUCUCCCGAUUCUACUGAUGUAAGUCUUCUUUGUGUUUUUUUUUACUUACUUGAUAAAACUCAGGACUUUCUUGAACGCAUAUGUGUGUGUGUGUUUCAGUUGAUUUCUCGAUGUGUUAAACAUGGACUAGUUUUACCGGUGUUUAACAAUCUGGUUACCUUAUCUUUUGGGAGUAGAAACAAACGUGGUUGGAAACUGCUGCCAUAUCUUGUUAAGCAGUCUCCAAAGCUUGAAACAUUAAUCAUCCAGGGUCUGGAUAGUUACACAGGCGAUGUUACCAUUGGUCUGUUCCAAGUCAAGGAGCUGCAUGUUGUUGGUUAUAAAGGAACUGCUAAAGAGCUUCAACACCUGAAGAGUUUGCUUGCAGGAACCGAAUGCAUCCCGAAAAUGCAAGUGGAGUUCCCUGAAGAUGUUGUGGUCGAUGAUGCCAAAAUGAUCCAAACCCGUAGGGAUUUAUUUAUCCUUGUCGGAGUUGUUUCAACCGAUGUCGCUUAUUUCGAGUAGACCUUAUAUAAAUUUGCUACUUUUUAUGUGUGACAAUUAAACUCCUAUUUUAUUUGCUUCCCUGUCGCCGCAUUGAUCUUUUGUAUGGAGCUUUUUUUUACGUAACAUCAAACUAUUGUUAUUUGCUUCCUGUCGAAUUGCUCUCUCUUCGUAUGGAGCUACUUCUAUGCAACAUUAAACUUUUUUCAUGUCGCACUGCUGGCCUCUUUACCUAGACAUCAAAGGUCUUCUUGAGUCGCUGACGUGAUCGCAGCAUACUUCAAUUCUUGUAGACAGUGCCGUCCCAAAACUUUACGAGGCUUAAAGCCUGUCAAGAUACGUGGCCCUUAUAAAUAAAAUUGUUAAUAACAAAAGCGUAUGAAAUGGUUUUGGUAUUGCUCGAACUAGGGACAAGAAAAUCCAACUUAUCUUCCUAAACCAUUUAAGCAACAUACAAUUUUGGUUAGUUUGGCCUAUAUUUCAUUUUUAUAUUUGUGGCCUGAAGCCAAUGCUUCACCUGCUUUAAGGGAGGGACGGGUCUGCUUGUAGAACAAGGAAAAGCAAUUGUUGACUCUUAAGCAAGAUUGAAAAGACACAGAGGAUGAUGAUGAACUGUGUAUAUCUAGAAGAAGUUCUGUACAUGUGAAGCCUAAUAUUGAGUCCAUAAUCUUCCCUCUUGCAAGAAAAUAAAUUCAUAUAAAACUUAAAUAUUAUUUGAGAUACAGAAAAAUGUUCCUUUUCUCUAAAUAUAGAAGAAUGCUAUUUUCUUUAUAUUAAAAUUUAUUUCUACUUAUUAGAUUUUUUCUACUUAUAGGAAGAAAAAGUAAUAUUUAUCAUAUAAGAUAAUCAAUUAGUUGAUAAUAAUGUACAUAUACCCGCUAGUAAAAUUAAACAUUUUAUACUUCCAUUUUUAGUAUUGAUUUGUGUAAUAUUUAUCUAUUGAUUCAAAAUAUAUUAAUAUAAUUGUUUAAAUAUUAACUAAAUACCAACCAAUAUUGAAUAUUCUACAAUAUUUUAUGUCCCACACCCAACAUAGAUAAACCCCUAAAAUCUGAACUUGAGAUUCCAUCAUCAUCGUCUGUUCGACGUCUCCUAACGCAUACUAGAAGGAAGAGAUUGGCUCUGUCUCUAUGGUUUCCAACAAGCUAGACACUGGUUCGCGAGAUGCAAUCAGCUGGCUUCCUGACGAGGUUCUGGGCAACAUCUUGUCCCUCCUUCCGAACAAACUUGCUGCUUCAACUUCU